AUCAACUCAAACAUUCACCUAAAUACUACUUUCAUACCGUUUCUUUCUUACUUUGAAGCUGCAUAAUGGCUGCGGAACCUGAAGCAAAAUUUGCCAUACACGAGGCAGCCCGUGAAGGGAAGACUUCGGUAGUGGAAUCGCUAUUGAAUGCAAAUCCAAAACUUGCAUCGCUUAAAGACGACGAUGAACGUCUACCGAUACACUGGGCCGCGGCAUAUAAUCGAUUACCAAUCGUCGAACUACUCGUCACGAACAAAUACUUUGAUCCAGAUGUCACGGAUGGUUCCGGUUGGACGCCGCUCAUGAUCGCUGCGAGUUUGAAGAAUGCGGAAGGGGACGCUAUAAUUGAGUUAUUACUACGCAAGGACGCUGAUGUGAAUAUGAAGAGUGUUUCCGGUCAAAAUGCUCUUCACUUCGCAGCCUCAAAGGCCAAUCUUUCCACCGUCAAAACCCUCGUCGCUCAUAAAUGCAGUGCGCGUGUCAAGGACAAACGUGGUCAACUCGCGCUCCAUAGGGCUGCCGCCGUUGGCUCAACCCCUAUAUUGAAAAUAUUACUUGAAGAGGGCAAGAGUCCCGUCAAUGCCACUGAUGUUGACGGGUUGACUGCAUUGCAUCAUGCCAUUUCCGAAGGUCAUGGAGAUGCAGCAAUCUUGUUGAUGAAGGCCGGUACGGAUCUGGAGAAAAGAGACGCGGAUGGGAACCUAGCUAUUGACUUGGCACCGGACGCUAAGGUUCGGAAAUAUAUUCUACAGACUGCAGAGCGCGAGGGCAUAGAAUUGCCUUGA